CAAACAAUGAUUUCCUGCUGGCAGGGGGCAGCUUUUCUUGUUCUGUUUACUUCUCCAUCAGUCUUCGGGGUCGGUGAGUGGUGAGUGAGGCCCCGAGCGAUCUGGACUGGCCAGAUGUCACCACCUGAAGAGGCUGGAAGGACAGGACACUGUACCUCUCCUGUGCAUGGUACAGGAACCACCCUGCAAGAAAGAACGAAAUAGAUUUCUGGGGAGGAAAUUACUGGAUCAAAGGGCAAGAACAGUUUAAUGGACUUCGGGAGACCUGAAAUAGAUCACGGUGUGCUUCGCCUUUAUAAAUAACAAAAGUGUUGGCCGACAGCGGGAUUUUAAGAUAGCCCAGUAGCAGCGUUGGGAGAAGCCUUUUCUGCGGUGGCCAGAAACUUCUGGUCCUCAAGACGCAGCUGAAUCCUCACCUGGACUUAUGACCCGCGGUCUUCCUCCCCUCCUGCCCAUUGAGUUCCACAAAAUGGGCUCCUUCCGCCGGCCUAGACCACGAUUUAUGAGCUCCCCCGUGCUCAGUGAGCUGCCUCGCUUCCAGGCUGCCCGGCAGGCUCUGCAGCUAAGUUCCAACUCUGCCUGGAACAGCGUGCAGACGGCUGUGAUCAACGUUUUCAAAGGGGGCGGCUUGCAGAGCAAUGAGCUGUAUGCACUGAAUGAAAACAUCAGGAGGCUGCUGAAGAGUGAACUUGGAUCAUUCAUUACAGACUAUUUCCAGAACCAGCUUCUUGCAAAAGGACUGUCCUUUGUGGAGGAGAAGAUCAAGCUGUGUGAAGGUGACAGUCGCAUUGAGGUUCUGGCUGAAGUCUGGGACCACUUCUUCACCGAGACUCUCCCCACCCUGCAGGCAAUAUUUUAUCCGGUUCAGGGACAGGAGCUGACCAUCCGACAGAUCUCCCUGCUGGGCUUCCGGGACCUGGUCCUGUUGAAGGUGAAGCUGGGUGACCUGCUGCUGUUGGCACAGUCCAAGCUGCCCUCGUCUGUUAUACAAAUGCUGCUCAUUCUGCAGAGUGUCCAUGAGCCCACAGGCCCAAGUGAGGGCUAUUUGCAGUUGGAGGAGCUGGUGAAGCAAGUGGUGUCUCCCUUCCUUGGCCUCAGCAGGGACCGCAGCUGCUCAGGCCCCACGUACUCACUGGCCAGGAGGCAUUCCAGGGUCCGGCCCAAGGUGACUGUCCUGAACUAUGCCUCUCUCAUGACCACGGUUGGCCGGCCACUGAACGAGAUGGUCUUGACCCCCCUCACAGAACAGGAAGGGGAGGCUUACCUGGAGAAGUGUGGCAGUGUUCGUCGGCACACGGUGGCUAAUGCCCACUCGGAUAUCCAGCUGUUGGCUAUGGCCACCAUGAUGCACUCAGGGUUGGGGGAGGAGGCUGGCAACGAGGACAAGCACCUGCUCCUGCCACCCAGCUUCCCGCCACCGCAUCGGCAGUGCUCCAGUGAGCCCAGCAUACCCGAUAGCCCUGAUGAACUGGAACUAGAAGACGAAGACGUGGCAAGCGGCAGCCAGGACGACUCAGAGCUGAACUGUGCGUCCCUCAGCUGAGCCUCCACCUCCAGGGACAGCAUCCCUGCUUUGUAGCCAGGAUGAACCCCUUCUCCUUCCAAGGAUCACCAAGGGGCUCUUGCUUUGGGCAACACUGCCUUUUCUUCAGGGCAUAAGCCAAGUCCUCAUGCCUCGAGAAACACCUGUACGGCUCCCCACUCUGGUGUCUGUGACCAGCUCCUCGUGCCACUGUUCUCUUGACUUCCAGCCUUGCCUGAGUCACCUGGAUCCUCAUCUCUGGGCCUUCCCCAUCCUAUUGGACAGGUCGAUGCUCCUAGUAUAUAAUGCUCUGGCAUUAUUAAAGCAGAAGGUUGGGCUAUACAUAUGGGCAUCUGGAAUGGGCCAGACUUUGCAAUUCCCCCAGUGAUCCUGUGAAGCAGAAGCCAAUGGGUAGAAAGAACAGUAGAGGUUCUCUCUAGCAUGGAAGUCAACUGCUGCCUGUGCCACACGGCCCUGGGAAUGUCCUCUCAUCACAUUAAUUGCAGAGUUCCUGGGAAAGUAUUGUCGUACUUGUGGGCAAGGGUCCAUCCUUACCUAUGUCCAGGCGUGUGCUGUCUACAUGAAGAGCUUUUGCCUAGGAGAACCUACCAGGCUGGUGUAGCCCUGUCUUGCACAAGCACCUCGGCAUGUCCCUCUCAGGCUUCACCCCAGAUUGCAGAAAUGAACUUUCUCAGUCAUCGGUGCCUUACUCUCCCUCCAGUUUCAGGAACUGACCACUUUCCUGUUGGGUAUAGGAGAGGCUGCCUGACAGCAACUGACCUAGUCUGUACCUGGAUUUCACUUGAAUUUGUAAAAUGUGUAUUGCUAAAAAAAAGAAAAAAAAAUUUGUUUGCAAACAUUUGCACGUA